AUGUCCGAGCUUGCGGAUGCGCCGCCGUCUCACAUACAACCCGUUCGUCGCGCCUUCACUCUCCCAACUAAAUUAAAUCCGCGCAUCUCUCGCAAAUCCGACACUUUUGGUCCGUCGGAAAAUGACUUGUUCUAUCAUCCCUCCGCCAAAGUCGUUCAUUUCGCCCCCAGAGCGGUCGCGCCUAUUCCCUCGAGCACCGCCCCGUCCGAUUUUGACUACCCCGUGGAUGCCGUCGAGACUCUUCCAUGGCGAUCUCCCACUGAGCGGACGGUCGCGUUCGCCCCUCUUAGACUCGAAAAAGUCCAUGGAUUGACCGUCUUUCUCAAAUGCGGCAACGUCGUGCAUGCGAUUCUCAAAAACUCCCAGUGUUGGUGUGUCGAUGGCGAGUCCACUUUCGUCCUACGCAUUCGGCCUUUGACUUAUUAUCGCAUCGAACUGCCAAAUGAAACCGAGGAAGACAAGGAGUAUGUCACGGCGAUGAAGGAGGCGUUGCCCCAAGUUCUUCGUUACGAGGUUACUCCCUGUCCCUUUAAGAGAGGAUUCACCGUGGAGAUCCCAGAGGAGGCGAAAGUGCGGCGCCGGAAGAAGGCAUGGCGCCCGAAAGGCCGACGAGAAAGCGAUCCGGUGUAUGCUGGUCAUACCCAGGAGAAGAGCCCUGCGCGGAAAGAAGCCGUAUCCGAUUUUUUAAGCGCCGGUGAGGAUACCGAUGGAAACACCACCGACGACAGCUGCUUCACUACAAAAGGCAGCACUAGCACCAUGCUUGAAACUAUUCCAGAUGACAGCGAACCGUUCGUUGCGACUGACAGCCCGGUUAUGGAUGAGGGCCCCGCAGACUCGAAGGUGGACAAGCAAAACUUUGGGACCUUGCUGGCAAGCUUCGAGGACAGCUCCGAGUCUCAACUUGAUGGGGGACUGCCCCUUUCUUCCAGCGUCGACUCUUUUCAUUCGAUCGGAUCCUCUUCGCAGGAGGAAGCCAUUUCUUACACUCCAGCUGCUCCCGUUGACAGUGUCGAACUGACUCCGAGUCAAGCACGCAACGAACACUCCCCACCCAUGCCCACUUUCCAAGAGGUGGACUUUGCAGCCAAGAAAACGCUGUCUGGUCCUCGAUGCCAUGAUUGCGCUUCCAAGCCUGAGCGCUCUCCACGAGCUUCAUUCUCGGAGCCAGAGAUGAGAUUACUCGUGCCAGGUGCGCUGCCGGAUGACGACUCCGUGACAACACAAUCGAGCACGCUCAGAACGCCUGACUCCAACCCUAAUCUAAGCAGCAUGAGUGUUGAAUUUCGUCGACGAUCCAAAGCGUCGCGCGAACGAGAGGUUUCCCCGAUGCCUCCUGCAUCCGCCUUGGUCCUUCCUUCAGAGAAGUCCGAUGCGGCAUCAAUCAUUCAAAAGACAUGCACGCUUGUCCUGGUUCCUCCCAUUCAGCUGUUAAUUGUUCUGAUUCAUAUCGCGGCCCGUAUCGUCAUCGGGCCUGCUCUCAACUCCGCCAUGGAUGACUUGAGCCGGAAAUUCGAAUGUCAAAUCACCGAUCCGCAAGAAGCGGUGGAUGACUUUGACCUUCCUCUGGCGCCGGACUGCUCGAAGCGGCCGUCCGUUUCGGGUGCAAGCAAGUCUGAUCCAUGGGAACUGGAUUGA